AUGCCGAUCACACAGGAGAAUGAGGAUUUCACCAGCAUCUCCACGUUGAAUACCGAGUUUGAGGAUAUCCAUGACGAAUGGAAGGCUGCACAACCGGUCAGGCUCCUUGAGCCUGUAGACUUUCUUCCACGGGGAUCUGAUGAUUUCUUCGAACCGACGGUCAAUCUGCGCAAGAAGUUCACCGAUAGACCUCUCCAGGUUGUUCUGAAGCUGACCAAUAUUGAGCUGACGCCGGACAAGCCCAAUUACCAAGCGGAAUCAUGGCAUUUGGAUGGCCAAUUGAACAAGCGAGUCUGUGUCUCUGCCAUUGGCUUUUACGAGAACCAAAACAUCAUAGAGAGCACUCUUUCAUUUCCACCCGUGGUGGAAAAGCUCAACGAAGUGAAAUGCAAGGCCACGGUAUAA